CUUGGCGGAGGGAAUGUGCACUCGGACACUGCCCUAAUUCACAAAAUUCGCUCCCAUAAACCCUAACCGCAAUUUCUUGCAUUCCUGACCUCGCCGGCGCUGGCCGUGCAUCAUGAGCCGCUACGAUAGUCGCUCUGCCGACCAUGGAUCCUACCGCGACAGACGCGGGGAUUCGGGGUUUGAUUAUAAAAGAGAUUACGAGAGCAGUUACCACUCUUCAUCCUCCGCUAGGAAAGAGUACGAUUCGUCGUCGCGGAAAUCGGAAUUGGAUGGAUUGACUCCGUUCGAGAAGAACUUCUAUGUGGAGUCACCGUCUGUUGCUGCUAUGUCUGAAGCUGACGUGCAGGAGUAUAGGCGGAAACGGGAGAUUACUGUUGAAGGGAAGGAUGUUCCGAGGCCUAUUAAGAGUUUUCGGGAUGUUGGUUUUCCGGAGUAUGUUAUGCAAGAAAUUGUCAAAGCUGGUUUUACUGAACCUACACCUAUUCAAGCACAAGGUUGGCCGAUGGCUUUGAAGGGGCGUGAUCUUAUUGGUAUUGCAGAAACAGGGUCUGGCAAAACACUUGCUUAUCUCUUACCUGCUAUCGUACACGUUAAUGCUCAGCCAAUUUUAGCUCCGGGAGAUGGCCCAAUAGUUUUAGUGUUAGCUCCAACUCGUGAACUUGCUGUUCAGAUACAACAAGAAGCUGCUAAGUUUGGCGCAUCUUCAAAGAUUAAGAAUACAUGCAUUUAUGGUGGGGUUCCUAAGGGACCUCAAGUUCGUGAUCUCCAGAAAGGUGUUGAGAUUAUCAUCGCAACACCUGGAAGGCUAAUUGAUAUGCUGGAAUCUCAUCAUACAAACUUAAGAAGGGUCACAUAUCUGGUAUUGGAUGAGGCAGACCGGAUGCUAGAUAUGGGAUUUGAGCCACAGAUUCGGAACAUUGUUGACCAGAUUCGACCAGAUCGCCAAACUUUGUACUGGAGUGCCACAUGGCCCAAGGAAGUAGAACAACUUGCCCGGAGAUUUUUGUUUAAUCCAUAUAAAGUUAUCAUUGGUUCACCUGAUUUGAAAGCUAACCAUGCCAUUCACCAGCAUGUUGAGAUUGUCUCAGAGAGUCAGAAAUAUAACAAACUAGUGAAGCUACUGGAGGACAUAAUGGAUGGCAGUCGCAUCUUGAUAUUUAUGGACACAAAGAAGGGGUGUGAUCAAAUAACCAGGCAGCUCCGAAUGGAUGGAUGGCCUGCUCUAUCUAUUCAUGGAGACAAAAGCCAAGCUGAAAGAGAUUGGGUCCUGUCAGAAUUCAGGGCUGGUAAGAGUCCAAUAAUGACUGCUACUGAUGUUGCAGCUCGAGGUCUAGAUGUGAAGGAUGUAAAAUAUGUCAUCAAUUAUGACUUUCCCGGAUCCCUGGAGGAUUAUGUUCACCGAAUAGGUCGAACAGGAAGAGCUGGUGCCAAGGGCACUGCAUACACUUAUUUUACUGCUGCCAAUGCAAGAUUUGCAAAGGACCUUGUGAGCAUCCUUCAAGAGGCCGGACAGAAAGUUAGCCCUGAGCUGGUAGCUAUGGGUCGCGGUGCGCCUCCCCCACCAGCUUUUGGGGGGCGAGAUCGUGGAAGGGGACACGGUGGCGGCAGCAGCAGCCGGUCUUGGAACUGAGUAUGCUGUUGGUGCAAUGUUGGUCAUUUCUGAGAAGAGAAGAGAAGGUGCAGUUGUGAUCCUCACCCCACCCCACCCCACCCCACCCCAGUAUG